UGGACUCUUCUUGCCCGCUCCUGUCCUGCACUGAAGUGGGUGAGUGAGUCUGAACUGGUGCUGAAGUGAAGGGAAAGUUUGGGUUUUUGCUCUGCCAGAUCUCAUCAACAUGCACAGAUUUUUAAGAAGUGUAAACACGCAGAUUAUUAGAGACGCGAAACUGUGCAGGAACCUGAAGGGAGCUCCGGUCAGGACUAUCAGCUGCACUCUGUACAGACGCGCCGAGGAGAAGCGUAAUGGAGGCUCGAGAGUGCUGGGCAAGAGGUUGAAGGACACGGCUGAGACCCUGAUCAUCGGAGGAGGAUGUGUGGGUGUCAGUCUGGCCUAUCACCUGGCCAAGGCUGGUCAGAAGGAUGUGGUGCUUCUGGAGAAGUCGGAGCUCACUGCGGGUUCCACCUGGCACGCUGCCGGACUGACCACGUACUACCACCCAGGUAUCAAUCUGAAGAAGAUUCACUACCACAGCAUUAAACUCUAUGAGCAGCUGGAGACUGAAACAGGACAGGCGGUGGGCUUUCAUCAGCCGGGGAGUGUACGGAUCGCUUCGACUGUGGCCAGAGUGGAUGAGAUGAAAUAUCAGAUGACCCGAACCCACUGGCACCCCACGCCACAGUUCUUUAUCAGACCAGAGAAAGUGCAAGAGCUCUUUCCUUUGCUCAACAUGGAUAAGGUGCUGGCAGGCCUUUAUACCCCUGGCGAUGGGCACAUUGAUCCCUACUCGCUCACGAUGGCACUCGCAGCUGGCGCCCGUAUGUACGGUGCCCAGAUUUACAACCCUGCUCCUGUUACCGCUCUCACACCCACCUCAGAUGGCAGAUGGGACGUCCAGACUCCUCACGGGACCAUACGCGCCAACCGUAUUGUCAAUGCCACAGGUUUCUGGGCCCGUGAACUGAGCCAGCUGGUUGGCAUGGAGCACCCGACCGUCCCCGUCCAUCACCAGUAUGUAGUGACGGCGACGAUUCCUGAGGUUAAGGCCUUAAAGCAGGAGCUGCCUGUGAUCCGGGACCUGGAGGGAUCGUACUACCUGCGGCAGGAGAGGGACGGUCUGCUGUUCGGCCCGUAUGAGAAAGAGGAGAAAAUGGUGCUGCAGGACUCGUGGGUUCGAGACGGAGUCCCUCCAGGUUUUGGUAAGGAGCUGUUCGAAUCGGAUCUGGAUCGCAUCAUGGAGCACGUGGAAAUGGCCAUGGAGAUGGUGCCUGUACUCAAACAAGCUGACAUCAUCAACAUCGUGUCUGGACCCAUCACGUACACCCCGGACCUGCUGCCCAUGGUGGGGCCACACCAGGGACUCCGCAACUACUGGACUGCCAUCGGCUUUGGGUACGGCGUCAUUCAUGCCGGUGGGGUCGGGAAGUUUCUUAGUGACUGGAUCAUGAGCGGUGAGCCACCAUACGAUCUAAUUGAAUGUGACCCCAACCGAUAUGGAAAGUGGACCACUGUUCCGUACCUGUGUGCUAAAGCCAGAGAGUCCUACGGCUUCAACAACGUGGUUGGUUAUCCGAAGGAGGAGCGAUUUGCUGGUCGUCCCACUACUCGAGUGAGUGGACUUUACGAGUUGCUGAUGGAUAAAUGCUCGAUGGGUUUCCAUGCCGGCUGGGAACAGCCACACUACUUUUAUAAACCGGGAGAUGACGUAGGUUACAGACCCAGUUUUAGAAGGACAAACUGGUUUGGACCGGUGGGCCGUGAGUGUAAGCUGGUAAUGGAGAAAGUUGGCGUCAUUGAUCUUUCACCGUUUGGUAAAUUCAUGGUCAAGGGAAAGGACGCUUACAGACUGCUGGACCGGCUUUUCGCCAACACUUUACCAAAGGUCGGCCUGACCAACAUCAGUCACAUGCUGACCCCGAGAGGGCGUGUGUACGCUGAGGUCACUAUUACCCAGCUUGCACCUGGAGAGUUCCUGCUCAUCACUGGCUCAGGAUCGGAAUUCCAUGACCUCAGGUGGAUUGAGCGAGAGGCAGCUGAUGGAGGCUACGACGUGAACAUCUCUAAUGUCACUGACAGUAUUGGGGUGCUUGGGGUGGCCGGUCCAAACUCCCGUACGGUCCUGCAGAAACUGACCAGCGAGGACAUGAGUGACAGUGGGUUCAAAUUCCUUCACUGUAAAUCCAUCCAGCUGGGCGGCGUCGACCUCCGAGCCAUACGGAUAUCAUACACGGGUGAGCUGGGGUGGGAGCUGUACGUGGACAUGCCAAAGCUGGCAGAAGUUUACCAAGCCAUCAUGGAAGCUGGCAAAGAGGAGGGCAUCGACAACUUCGGGACGUAUGCCAUGGCCUCACUGAGGCUGGAGAAGGGCUUUCGAGGCUGGGGGGCUGAGAUGAACUGUGAUACAAACCCUCUCGAGGCGGGUCUGGACUACUUCAUCAAACUCAACAAGCCUGCAGAUUUCAUCGGGAAGGAGGCGCUACAGGAGAUCAAGGAACAGGGACUCAGGAGGAAACUAGCGUACCUCACGGUGGACACGGAUGAUAUCGAUCCUGAGGGCAAUGAGACCAUCUGGUAUAAGGGCAAGGUGGUUGGGAACACGACCUCCGGAGCGUACAGCUACACGAUUCAGCAGAGCCUUGCGUACGGCUACCUACCACCAGACCUGGCCAUUGUCGGCCAAAAGCUAGAGGUGGAGCUUCUGGGCAAGAAAUACCUGGCUACAGUGGUCCAGGAGCCACUAGUCCCUACCGAGCCCACCAGAACACGCCUACAGAAGAAGAAGAACGCAGCAUAACAAGGGAGCGCUGCUUUAUAAGAACCGGACCAUGGCUGUGCUAUGUGGCAGGUUGCCUGGCAGGAGAUGGUGCUCAUGUGUUGGUCAUGGUUUUGGAUUAUUAAAAAAAAGGACAAACCAGGAGAAAGAUGAUUGUUGGUUUAAUGGUAUUAGCAAGUUUAUUCUGCUGAUGUCAUAUUUUUCUGUGGAAUCUGACCAAAGUAGAUGCUACAAGUCAAACGAGGCUUUAGUUUAUCAGCUGAUGGUUAUACUGUUUGCGUUAGUGGUGAGGAACAAACGUUUGAUGAAAAUUCGUGCUGUUAUAGGACGUAACAUCAGCGUGGUCGUUACUAUCUGAUGUAUAACGAAUAGAUGGAGUGUCAUACAGAGAGCUGUUUUGUUGUAAGGAAACACCAGACAGAGUUAAAGUAAAAGAACACCAAGCAUGACUGGGGUGAAUUUUUUUUGCUAUAUCUGUUACUAGCUUCUAUAUUCUAAUUGCUAUGCUUACACGUUACCAGCUUUAUAAUGCUUUAAACAGGUUAUUUUGUCUGCAUAAUUAUUCUGCAUUAGUCUUUCUUUACUAAAAAACAAUAAACCCACCUUUGCUAUAAUCACAACUGAGUUUAGGUGCAGCUGAGACAGUUUCAGCAUUUAGGAGAUGCUUUAAUCCAAAGCGACUUACAGUAAUGUGACAGUAUACAGUCUAAGCAAUUUAGGGUUAAGGGCCUUGCUCAAGGGCCCAAUAGUGGCGACCUGGCAGUGGUGGGCCUUGAACCAGUGACCUUUUAACUGCUACUGCUACUUAGUCUGGCAGCUCAAAGGAAAUCAUGUAUGAAGAGUGAAUUUGACUGCUGUUUAUGUUCUUGUAUGGAGUUUAGUUUUAUUAAUAAUAUCUUCCUUGGUUAAAUGUUUGCCGCUACGUAUUAAAACUAUGAAAACUAACAAAUUCACUACUGAAAACGGAUUGUUGGAUGUGUAUCAGACUGCGUUUGAUACCAUUCCCAAACUAGUCCCCUUUUUAUCCGCACAUGUUGUCCUAUGACUUGCUUUAACAAUGAUUUUGCUCAAAGAAACUGACCUCACAUGCCGAGCUUGUGUUUUGCUCAUAAUAAAAAGAAUCAUUGUUGUUAUUUGUUUCUGCAGCUCUAACAUAUCCCUGUAAAUGUGAAAUCACUUCAAAUAAACUCAUUAUUGUUGUUUAAAGUU